AUGGCCAGAAGAUGGGUUGGAGGGCUUUUCUGUCCUUGUGAUCCCUUCAUCGCUGCCAAGACGUUGUGCAAAAAGGCUCUCUACUUGUGCGUCGUGCUGCUUGACAGCAAAGGUGACAAACCAGAACCCCCCACCAUCCCAGAGCAAAGAGGACGACCAAGAUCGAGGUCUCUCAACAGAAAGGCCACACAACUUGCCCGCCGUCUUCAAAGGCUCCGUCUUCAAAGGCGCCGUCUUCGAAGGAACCGCAGCUUGGAGACCAUCCCUGAAGAGGAUGACAUCCCAUCUGCUUCUUUACAAGCCCCUGCUCCCAUCAUCCCUUCCGAAGACGAUUCACCAGACACCUCUUCUUCCGACCAGGUCUCUCAGUCUCCUGAAUCAGUAUCGAUUUCUGCAUCACCUUCACAUUCAUUCUCAAGUCAAUCUGAAUCUGCGAUAGAAAGUCCUAGAUCAGAUUCCGAAUCUGAGUCCGAAUCUGUCGCCCACAGUCAUUCUGACGCUGACGAACCAUCAGCUGCUUCAUCCCCGGCUGCACAUUUGCAGAUAUUCGAGACUGAGCAUCUUGCCAUAGUUAUAGCCACUGGACGCCGCGCAGAAGAAGCUGUUGCUGAGCCAACACAAAGAAGACCUGAGACGGUGCCAGAUCAACGCCCAGAACAGGCCAGAGACAUAGGUCAAGGCCAGUCAACUGAACAAGUUGUUGCCACCGGCCAAGAUCAGCAGCAGACAGAGCGUGGUACAGUCACUUUAGUAGUUCAAAGUGCCAGGGUGACACAUAGUGACGAAUCUGUCGAGGGACGUGGAUCGGAUCCUCUUCUUGAAGUUACAACCCCUCAAAAGACCGAGGCAGUCACCUUUACGAAAGAACGAGGCAUUCACGCUAACAGGCUCAGCCCGUCUUCUCCUGGACAGGAAGGCCCGGAAGACUUUGAAGACUUUGACUUUGACUAG